CGAGGCUCAGCCAGAGGAGUACGGAGUAGUGGCAGAAGAAUAGAGUGGCGAAACAGAACUAGGCAUACGCGCUGAGCGCAUCGGACUCACCUAGUCUAGCGUUCGGCCCGAGUGGACUCUGCGGCAUGAGACCUGCCUGCUAAACCCCUCCCCUUUUUCACCCUCACCUAGCACCCCCGAUCCCGCCUGGAUGGAGUCCUUUCUGGGUUCCCAUUGGCUCCUGUGAGUGCUUGGGUGUCGAGAGCCUGUUUUUGGCGAAGGGAACCAACUUUUGAAGUUCGCCCAGGAGACUGCGUUCCGGUCCCAGAUCCGCGGCAGCCGGAUCGGGUGGAGGCGCGACCGCGGCGCAAGUCACCAUGGGAAGCAAGGGUGCUUACCGGUACCACUGGCAAAGCCACAAUGUCAAGCACAGCGGUGUGGACGACAUGGUGCUGCUCUCCAAAAUCACAGAGAACGCUAUCGUGGAGAAUCUGAAGAAGAGAUAUAUGGACGACUACAUUUUUACAUACAUAGGAUCCGUAUUAAUCUCAGUCAACCCUUUCAAGCAGAUGCCAUAUUUUGGGGAAAAGGAAAUUGAAAUGUACCAAGGAGCGGCACAAUAUGAAAACCCACCACAUAUCUAUGCCCUUGCAGAUAAUAUGUACAGAAACAUGAUCAUUGACAGAGAGAACCAGUGUGUCAUCAUCAGUGGUGAAAGUGGUGCUGGGAAGACAGUAGCAGCCAAGUACAUCAUGGGUUACGUCUCCAGAGUAUCUGGAGGAGGCCCCAAGGUCCAGCACGUGAAAGACAUCAUCCUCCAGUCCAACCCGCUACUGGAGGCCUUUGGGAAUGCCAAGACGGUCCGCAAUAACAACUCCAGUCGAUUCGGAAAAUACUUUGAAAUCCAGUUCAGUCCAGGUGGGGAGCCAGAUGGUGGGAAGAUCUCCAACUUCCUUCUAGAAAAAUCCAGGGUGGUGAUGAGGAACCCUGGAGAACGGAGUUUUCACAUAUUUUACCAGCUCAUCGAGGGUGCCUCUGCAGAACAGAAACAAAGCCUCGGUAUCACCAGCAUGGAUUAUUAUUAUUACCUGAGCCUCUCUGGGUCUUACAAGGUGGAUGACAUCGAUGACAAGCGGGAGUUUCAAGAAACUCUGCACGCGAUGAAUGUAAUCGGCAUCUUUGCCGAGGAGCAAACGCUGGUGCUACAGAUAGUGGCAGGAGUGCUCCACCUGGGAAACAUCAGUUUCAAGGAAGUUGGCAAUUACGCAGCGGUGGAGAGUGAAGAGUUUUUGGCAUUUCCUGCAUAUCUCGUGGGGAUAAGCCAGGACCGAUUGAAAGAAAAGCUCACAAGCCGGCAGAUGGAUAGUAAAUGGGGAGGAAAAUCAGAGUCCAUCCACGUGACGCUCAAUGUGGAGCAGGCCUGUUACACCAGGGACGCGCUCGCCAAGGCCCUGCAUGCCCGCCUCUUUGAUUUCUUAGUGGAUUCCAUCAAUAAAGCGAUGGAGAAGGACCAUGAAGAAUACAACAUUGGUGUCCUGGAUAUCUACGGCUUUGAAAUAUUCCAGAAAAAUGGCUUUGAACAGUUUUGUAUCAAUUUUGUUAAUGAAAAAUUACAGCAGAUCUUUAUUGAACUGACGUUGAAGGCAGAACAGGAAGAAUAUGUUCAAGAGGGCAUAAGAUGGACACCCAUUGAGUACUUUAAUAACAAAAUCGUGUGUGACCUCAUAGAGAACAAAGUUAACCCUCCUGGGAUCAUGAGCAUCCUUGAUGACGUGUGUGCCACCAUGCACGCGGUGGGUGAGGGCGCAGACCAGACGCUGCUCCAGAAACUCCAGAUGCAGAUUGGGAAUCAUGAGCACUUCAACAGCUGGAAUCAGGGCUUCAUUAUUCACCAUUAUGCUGGGAAGGUAUCCUAUGACAUGGAUGGCUUUUGUGAGCGGAACCGUGAUGUACUUUUUAUGGAUCUGAUCGAACUUAUGCAGAGCAGUGAGCUACCUUUCAUAAAGUCUUUAUUUCCGGAAAAUCUGCAAGCUGAAAAGAAAGGACGCCCAACUACUGCGGGAAGCAAAAUAAAGAAACAAGCCAAUGACCUUGUGAGCACCCUGAUGAAGUGUACACCCCACUACAUCCGCUGCAUAAAACCCAACGAAACCAAGAAGCCCAGAGACUGGGAGGAAAGCAGAGUAAAGCAUCAAGUAGAAUACUUGGGUCUGAAAGAAAACAUUCGAGUGAGAAGAGCUGGUUACGCUUAUCGUCGCAUCUUCCAAAAAUUCUUACAGAGAUAUGCCAUUCUCACCAAAGCCACCUGGCCUUCAUGGAAAGGAGAUGAGAAGCAAGGUGUCCUCCACCUGCUACAGUCCGUCAACAUGGACAGUGACCAGUACCAGCUGGGAAGGAGUAAAGUGUUCAUUAAAGCCCCGGAGUCUCUAUUUCUUCUAGAAGAGAUGAGAGAGCGAAAGUAUGAUGGAUAUGCUCGAGUGAUUCAGAAAUCUUGGAGAAAAUUUGUGGCCAGGAAGAAAUACGUCCAAAUGAGAGAAGAAGCCUCAGACCUGUUAUUGAACAAGAAGGAGCGAAGGAGAAACAGUAUUAAUAGGAACUUCAUCGGGGAUUACAUUGGGAUGGAGGAGCACCCAGAACUCCAGCAGUUUGUGGGCAAGAGAGAGAAGAUCGAUUUUGCAGACACAGUCACCAAGUACGACCGGAGGUUCAAGGGUGUAAAGCGAGACUUGAUUCUUACUCCAAAGUGCCUGUAUUUAAUUGGACGAGAAAAGAUCAAACAGGGUCCAGACAAAGGACUUGUCAAAGAAGUGCUGAAGCGGAGAAUUGAGAUGGAAAGGAUCUUAUCCGUGUCCCUCAGUACUAUGCAGGAUGACAUUUUUAUUCUCCAUGAGCAAGAGUAUGACAGUUUGCUUGAAUCCGUCUUCAAAACUGAAUUCUUAAGCCUCUUAGCAAAACGUUAUGAGGAAAAAACCCAGAAGCAACUACCUCUGAAAUUCAGCAAUACGCUUGAACUGAAGCUGAAAAAGGAGAACUGGGGACCCUGGAGUGCAGGUGGCUCCCGGCAAGUGCAGUUCCACCAAGGUUUUGGUGACCUGGCCAUCCUCAAGCCCAGUAACAAAGUGCUGCAGGUCAGCAUCGGACCCGGGCUGCCCAAGAACUCCCGUCCUACCAGAAGGAACACAAUUCAAAGCAGAGGUUAUUCCAGUGGGGUUCAAAAUACCAGCUAUCCAAUGAGGGCCGCCCCUCCUCCCCCAGGAUACCAUCAGAAUGGAGUCAUCAAAAACCAGUUUGUGCCACAUCCCCAUGGCCCUGGAAACCAGAGGUCCAAUCAAAGAAGCCUGUAUACCUCCAUGGCCCGCCCACCCUUGCCACGGCAACAGUCGACUGGCUCAGAUCGAGUGUCCCAGACACCCGAGAGCCUGGAUUUCCUCAAGGUCCCAGACCAGGGUGCUGCAGGUGUCCGGAGACAAACGACCAGCCGGCCGCCCCCAGCAGGGGGCAGACCCAAGCCCCAGCCCAAGCCUAAGCCUCAGGUGCCACAGUGCAAGGCGCUCUACGCCUAUGAUGCUCAGGACACAGAUGAACUCAGCUUCAAUGCCAAUGACAUUAUCGAUAUUAUCAAAGAAGAUCCUUCUGGCUGGUGGACGGGUCGGUUACGAGGCAAACAGGGCCUGUUCCCCAACAACUACGUGACCAAGAUCUGAGGCACAUGGAGACUCUAUGCACUGGGUGAAGGAGGUCCGGGCACAGACAAGGAAGGGGACGUUUGGGGACUCCCUUUCUGAUCCACAGCAAGCAAUUGCUUCUCCAAGGCCUGGAGUUAUUCCAUACCUUCCCCACGGAGGACA